AGAAUCUUCUUGUCUCUAUUAAACUUCCUCAAUUCUCAGUAAUAUCUUCUUCUUCUUCUUCUUCUCCUUUGAGGCAUUUAUACAAGCAGAUUCUUUGUAUUGUAAAAUUCUAAGCUUUAGAUGUUUUAAAGAGAUAUGCAAUCGUCAAAGAGUUCUUCAGUUGGAAGCAAUGAGGAAUUUGCAGAAGUUCUUCGAUCAUCAUGGAUUCGUCGAUUACAUUUGAAACCCACCACAUCUUCAAUUUUGAAAACCAAAGAAAACCCACCUUCAAUAACACCAAAAAUUCCUGUAAAUUCUCCUCCAUCUGAUAACCAAACCACCAUUUCAACUGAUGAAUCUCGUACCCCAAGUACCAUUUUCGAUGCCCCAGUAACUCCUUUACCACAACCGGAUAAACCUAGUUCGAAAUUGGAUACGAUUAAGUGUUCAUUUCCUGGUUUUGGCCCUUUUCAAUUGAAAAACAGAGCAUCUGAUUCUAAUAAAGUUCAAGUUUUGAGAGAAGAUGAUGAUCAUUUGGUUGACAAUUUCCCAGAAAAUAUGAACAGUAAGAAAAUGAGUUUAGUGAAUGAUCGUCGCGAAACUCCUUUGUCCCCGUUCUUUCGAUAUUGGCCUGAUUCAAAGAAGAAUAGUACACCUACAGAAGAGCAAACCAAGUUUGCAGAAUUUGGUACUAGUCCUAAUACUAGCAGUAUUAGCCAUCCCAUGUGUGCGCCAUCUCUGGAAGCUCUUGCCGGUGGUGGAUCUCAGAAUAGGCGAGAUGAAGGAUGUUUGGCUAUCACUGGAGUUUCUAACGACAACAAGUAUUGCUUGAGAAUUGGAGGUAUCAAUUGCCAUGAGAAUUGUGAUAAUGGUGGUGCUAGUAGAAUCCUCAGGGAUCAUCAGCAAAGUGUCGUACUAAGCCAACUCGAAAGGAAUGUUUCUACAAACCGAAAUGAGACUGGAAAAUCUUCUUUCUGGAACAUGAACAGAUUUCGGAAAGCCGAACUGCUAUUAUCCAUGUUACAUCCCUGCAGAAGCAAUAGUAAAAGAAAAACGCCCAACUCCUUUGAUGAGUUGGCAUGCGUGAAAUUCAGGAAGUUGGGUCAUGAAGACCAGUAGUGUAUCAAGGUUGGGAAAAGAUCAAAGAUGAUGUGACAAUUUAGCAUUACAUUAUAUAUUCAAUGUCAAAAUCGUUAUCUUCCUACUGUGCAUAUCCAUGUUGCUUAAAUUUUCAGAAGUGUUGCAAUAAUGUUGCAUCUUGAAUAAUUUUGGUAUAAAGGGCCACAAGGGUUCUCCAUUGGUUUGCCUAUUUUCGCCCACUCCAGUAAAUGGUCAAUUUCUACUUGAUGUUGUA